UCGCUGUUUGAUUGACAUGGCGGAGUCUCCCAGUACGCGUCGCGCCGCGCCAGCAGACAGGCAGGACUCGACCCUGGGAAUAAAAAAACGCGCAGCUCCGUCUGUUUGAAGAUUAUUUUAUUGCAGCGAGGUAGGGCAGUUCAGUGAAUUUCUCCAUGAAUGUACGUCACAAUGAUGAUGACAGACCAGAUUCCACUGGACUUGGCUCCGCCCCCCCACCUGAACGGGGAGGUCUCUCUCAUGCCUCACAUGGUUAACGGGGAUGCUUCACAGCAGGUGAUCCUGGUGCAGGUGAACCCGGGGGAGACGUUCACCAUCCGGGCAGAGGAUGGAUCACUGCAAUGCAUCCAGGGUCCUGCUGAGGUUCCCAUGAUGUCCCCAAAUGGGUCGAUCCCUCCCAUCCACGUCCCCCCAGGAUACAUCUCACAGGUGCUGGAGGACUCAUCGGGGGUGCGCCGGGUGGUGGUGACGCCCCAGUCCCCUGAGUGCUACCCGCCCUCCUACUCUCCAGCCCUCUCCCCCACACACCACCUGCCCCCCUACCUGACUCACCCCCACUUCAUCCCCAACUCUCACUCUUUCUACCCGCCUGUCAGCCCAGGAGAGCUGUCCCCCCACCAGUACUACCAGCACCACCUCCCCCCCAUGUACGGCGACCCAGAAAUCAUCCCAGUUUAUGGGAUGUCUAACUACAUAGGCAGAGAGGAGUACAGUAAGCCACAGCCCAAAAAGAUAAGGGAACAGAGACAACUGGAGCGACAGAACCGACUCAACUCUCCUCCCUCCACUCUGUAUAAGGGCUGCCUGGGGCCGGCACACAACGGAUACAGCAGCAAAUCUCACGCCCCAUUGCUCGGGUCGGUGGGGUCAGGGGGGGGCGUCGGCAGCCCAGGAGGGAAGAAGCCGGAGAGACGACUCCGCAGCAGUCCACGCAACGGUGAACCAGAGACACACGCACAAGAUCAUGAUUCAGAGGGGAAGCGUGUUCAAGACAUGCUGUCUACAAUCGACAAACCACAGGUUUCCAAUGUGCAGGCGCGGGCCGCACGGCUGUCCUGGGCCCCCCCGGUAGGGCUGGUGAACAGGCAUAGCAACGGGAUGCCUGUGUCCUGCUCCUACGAGGUCUCUCUCUCGGAUAAGGGACGAGAUGGAAAGUAUCGCCUCAUAUACAGUGGCGAGGAAUUGGAGUACCACCUGAAAGACCUAAGGCCAGCGACAGACUACCACCUACGGGUCUCUGCGAUGUACAACUCGGUCCGAGGCUCGUGUUCAGAGGCCGGCUCGUUCACCACGCACUGCAGCGUCGCCGACGUCCCGCUCCCCCCGAAGUUCUCCCACCGCACCAAGAGCACCCUCACCCUCCAGUGGAAGCCCCCAGGCGACAACGGAUCCAAAAUCACAAACUACCUGCUCGAGUGGGAUGAGGGAAAGAAGAACAGUGUUUUCAGAGAAUGUUACUUUGGGAGCCAGAGACACUGUAAGCUGACACGACUGUUUCCCGCCUGCGGCUACACGUUCAGAGUGGCUGCGCACAACGACAUCGGCACAAGUGGCUUCAGCACGGAGGUGGUGUUUUACACCAUGGGCACCCUGCCCUCUCUGCCUCUGGCGCCGCGGCUGGUCAGGGCCGGCGUGUCCUGGGUGACCCUGGAGUGGGGCCGUCCCGAGGGCGGUCCCAGCGAGGAGCAGCUCGAAUACACACUUGAGAUGCAGGAGGACAACAGCGGAACAGACUUUCAAACAAAGUACACUGGAGAAAACUUGACUUUUACUGUACAAGGCCUGAAGAGGAGUACGCAGUAUAAAUUCAGGCUCAUAGCAUCGAACAUGGAGGGAAAGAGCAGUCCCAGUGAGGUGUUGGUGUGCACCACCAAUCCCGACAAACCAGGCCCUCCAUCCACACCCUGUGUCACCGCGGCGACGCCCUUCGGGUUCAGCGUCACAUGGGAUCCUCCGCAGGACAACGGCGGCUCAGAGGCUCUGACGUACCUGCUGGAGAUCUCCGAGGGCUGCUCCGAAGCCGGCCAGUGGGAGGUGGCGUACAGCGGCCCAGCAACAGAAUGCAUGUGUGAGCGCCUGACACCCGCGACCUUGUACCGCCUACGUGUGUGUAGCAUCACCACCGGGGGACACAGCCAGUGCACCGUCGGUGUUCCGGUCCGUACGUCAAACGUGCCGCCAGGCCCCUGCCAGCCGCCAAGGAUUGUGGGUAAAGCCAAACACAAGGAGGUGCAGCUAGAAUGGGACUCCCCCGCCUGUGAUGUGGCGUGUGAGGAGUGUGUGUUCAGCCUGGAGAUGAGCGAGGGCGACGCCACGCCGGCGGAGGUGUACCACGGGGCGGAGCUGACAUGCACGGUCGGCAGUCUGCUACCUGGAGCCACGUACAGCUUCCGACUGCGGGCUGCCAACGAGGCGGGGUUGGGCGCACACUCUGACCCCACAGAGGUGACGACAGCAGCGGGUCCUCCUGGCCAGUGCGGGGCGCCACUCAUCACUCUCACUAACAACACUUGUGUAACGCUUAACUGGGAGAGUCCCGAGGGUUCGGGCACCGACAUCUCCGAAUACCGUUUGGAGUGGGCGAGGGAGGAGGAGCCUAUGGAGCUGAUCUACUGUGGAUCGGCCACACAGUGCGAGCUGUCCGAUCUGACGCCUGCCACAGACUACUGCUGCAGGCUACAGGCGGUGAAUCAGGCGGGCGCCGGCCUUUACAGCGAGCAGGUGAGUUUCAGGACCCCAGCGACCACCCCCGACCAGAUCUCGCCCCUCAUCCUCCUGGAGCUCCCCACCUCCUCUGAGUCGGGACACUCACCCUCUACCUGCCUCCUCCUGAAGUGGGAGGAGCCGAACAGUAACGGGGCGGACAUCACCUCCUACGUCAUCACCGUGGACGAGCAGACCGUCGCCGUGGAGACCGGGACGAGUCACAUGGUCACAGGCCUGCAGCCGGACACCGAAUACAGCGUACAGAUCCAGGCGGUGAACGACAUCGGCUCCAGUCCCGCGAGUCCCACCCUGCAGGCCAGGACACGGCCCCUCCCCCCGGCCCCGCCCCCGCUCGAGUGCUCGGCGGCCGGCCCUCAGAGCCUGAAGCUGAAGUGGGGCGAGAACGUCAGCCACACGCGCGCCCUGCUCGCCGAGGACGUGGUCUACAUGCUGCAGAUGGAGGACAAGAACCACAGGUUUGUGACGAUCUACCGCGGCCCCAGCCACACCUACAAGGUCCAGCGGCUAAUCGAGUCCAGCAGCUACAGCUUCAGAAUACAGGCCGUCAGCGACGCUGGGGAGGGUCCGUUCUCUGGCACACACACCUUCUGCACCACCAAGUCUGUGCCCCCUGCCCUCAAAGCUCCCAGAGUGCACCAGCUAGAGGGCAACGUGUGCGAGAUCACAUGGGAGACGAUCCAACCAAUGAGAGGGGAUCCAGUGAGCUUCGUGCUCCAGGUGCUGGUGGGCCGCGAGUCCGAAUACAAACAGGUUUUUAAAGGAGAAGAGGGCGUGUUCCAGAUCUCUGGUCUCCAGGGCAACACAGACUAUCGAUUCCGCGUGGGGGCCUGCCGCCGCUGCCAGGACUCGUGCCAGGAGCUGUGCGGACCCCUGAGCCCCUCCUCUCUGUUCACGCUGCGGCGCCAGGAGUCGGCGGCGUCCGGCGAGCUGUGCCCCGUGGACACGGGCAAAGGGGCGGGCCUGAUCUCCAGCGACGAGCGCUUCGCGGCGCUGAUCGUGUGCGUGUUCGCCGGCUUCUCCAUCCUCAUCGCCUGCCUGCUGCAGUACUUCUUCAUGAAGUGAGGGAAUUUUAACUAUAGGAUAGAAAGAGAAAGCAAAAUCACAGAGAAACUUUAAAAAGUAUAACGUCUAUGAAAGAACCGAAUGAAAUCAAAACACUUGAGAUGAACUUCUGUGUAUGUUUUGUUUUUGUUUUGUUAGUCAAAGUAUCGAUUCAGGCUUUUCCUCACCUCGUUCCUGUCGUCUUCUGCCUUCGCUCGGUUUGGUCUCAUUUCUCUCUACGUCUCUGUUGUCUCUGUGUCAUCGUCUGUUCCGCUCGUGGAGGAUUUCUGCCGAGAGAAACCUCGUCUCAGCCGAACCUCGGUGGGAAAAAGAGAACUGAUAAUCAAGCCUUAAGAUAGCUGUGAGCAGAGCAGCUGCUCCUCAGACCGACUUGCAUGUUUUUACUUUGUAUCUUUUUAAAAACAUAUUCGAUUAGAGAACGUGUAUAUUUCUUGACGGUCAUUGCCUUACAAUAGGUUUGUUUCUUUGUUUUGUUUUUUUCGAUGUUCAAUUUUUUUGUUUUUUGCUGCAGUCUUUAUUCAUUCAGCCAUAUUCCAAUGUAGGCCUUCAAAGCUUUAGCCGUUAUUAUCCAGUUUGUUACUCUACAGGCUGUCGGCCCAGUCAUGUGAUCUGACGGACUUGCGUACAUAUACACGCACACGUGUGCAAUUACACUCAUGCAACGACAAUGACAUUACACGUUUUGUUUUUUUUAAUCUCCUACGAAGGCAAUCACUUAAUCCGCUCAGCUUUCAACGUUCAAUCACUCAUUCAUUCAGCUACCAAAGUGAUGCAAUCCAUGUGUGGUGUAAGAUGCUGCUAUCCUGUGAUUUUAUUAUAUCUAAGAAAGAAUGGAAAACCAGUAAUCUAAUAUAUGUACACACAAUAUAUAUAUAUUAUAACAAAUAUCUAUGAUGCUAUAGAAGUGAUGUAAUAUAAAGUGAUGGCAAUGUAAGGUCUGAAGUACGGCGUGAAAAGAAGCGGAGGAGUUUUACUGUAGGUGCUCACGCCAGCAGCUCUGAGGUCAGUUCAGUAGCUCGUGCGACUGUUUGAAGGAGCCCUUAAACGCUGGCCUCGGAUCAGCGCGUGAACCCUUGGAGGUAUUCAAUUGUUGGGGCGUAAACUGGCUUUGGCGUCGAGGAAGCCGCAGGGCCCGUCUGGUUUCGCGGCCGGCUGCAACUUUUGCAGGAAAAAGGGGGCUGGCCAGGCGAAAAGGCCCCUCCCUCAGUCCUACCAUCUCAAAAACACCAUUUCUCCAGCCUAUGUAUCCGUAGCUUUAGUAGCGAUGUGCCCGUGGCGCCACUGACCCGGAGGUGCUAACAGCCUGCCAGCUAGCCGCCUUUCUCCGAGCUGUGUGUGUGUGUCUGUUAACCAGGAGAGCCAUUAGGAGUUAGCUUGAGCUUUACCCUCCUGAGAUCUCUCCAGCUGCGAGCCCGAGCUGAAGCCGGAGCUUCUCCCGUCGGCUCGUCUGUGAAUCGAUUCCUCCGAAGACUCUGCUCCUCGUUUUCUCUCAUCUCCCGCACACACGAUUAUUAGUAAUUACCUCUUUUACCUUGCUCUCCAUCCGCCUCCAUCUCGCUCGCUCGCUCGCUCUCUCUACCCAUGCACGACUCUCUCUCUCUCCCUCCUUCUCUUCUCUCCCUCCGCUCUCUCUUUUAAAUGGUGCUUUAUUGAUAUGUAAUCAGAGCAGUAGCACGUCUGUGGUCUCCUCCUCGGAUGCACAUGUUCUCUGGGGAGUUGAAACUAAUGCUCACUAACCAAACAAGCCUUUGACGGAACACAACUCAACAACACAGGGCAUUCUGACACACGUAACCCCCCCCCCCCCCCCUUCUCCCUCCCGAAUUUUUUUUAAUACCCCAACUCGGAAAAACAAACAAAGCCAAGGUACAGCCCAAUACACACACAUGAUCCAAAGAAGUCAGCCUGACCCGCAUGGUUAACGCGUCCACUUUCGUCAGGUGCGUCUGUGGGGGGGGAGGAGG